AUGAAGCCGCUGAUGAUGAAAGCUCUUCUUCACGGGCAGGCAGUCAUCUUCACCAUCAUCUUUGCAAACUUCGCCAGCAUCCAACUCAUCUCAGCCUCUCUCACAGCAACUUUCCAGAGCAACGGGUACGCCUCCUUGCCCUGGAGGAAAUCAUCAACAACAACGGAAGUGACCAUGAACAUCAGGACCAAUCAGAGGACGGAAUCAAUGCUGAUGAUGGCGAUCGGAAGUAGGGAUUAUUUUCUGUUAACUGUGAACAGGCAUGGCGGAAUAGAGUUGAAAAUAGACUUGGGGUCCGGAGAGGGAAGAUUGCAGACGGACAGGGAGGUGGUCGUGAAUGACGGUCGCUGGCAUCGGGUCAACUUCAACCGCAAGUUGAGAAAUCUGACGCUCGCUGUUGACCACACGUUUCACGUCAGGUCAGUAGGUGGGGGUUGGGGGUGUUUUGGCGAGGGCAAGUACACCCAACUGGAUGUCGACAAGUAUUUGUUCAUUGCUGGAACUACGGCAUCCUUCAUCUUGGAAAAUAGCAAAAGUAGCAGCAGCAGCAGCAACGGUAGUAGCGACAGUAGAAGUGGUGGUGUGUACAACUCGUUCGUCGGCUGCAUGCGAGAUGUUGUUGUGGAUGGAGAGAGAGUGCUGGAGACGGCUAUGGAAAGCCAGGUCUUCAGAUCGCCAUGCUGUUACGGCAUAACUUGGGAGAAAUGCAUCGGCGAGUGGAAAGAUGCUGACGGAAGUGGAGUGGAUGGAAAGAAAGUAGCAUCAACUGGAGGAGGUUCAAAAAUUGGUGAUGACGAUGAUGAGGAUGACGUCGGCGAUGAUGAUGAUCAAAGUGAGGGAAGUGAUGAUGAAGAAAGUGAUUUAAAUAAUGACAUCAUUGGAAUAAAAAAUUCCAACCCAAACAACAACAACAACAACAACAGCAACAACAACAACAACAACAUCGACCCGCAGUCAGCAGCACUGAGACAGCACUCGACGGAAGUCGUCCUUGACAUUUCAGGCAUUGUAAACAUUGGCAGGCAGGUGACGAAAAAUAUAAACAAACUUCUUGACGUCAGCGGAAACCAAAGAUACAAACAAAUAUCACGUGACGUGUUGUCCUUCCACAUCUUGGAGCUGCCUCAUUGCGGAGUGCUGUUUAAAAAAUUAAGCGCCACAUCAAACAAAAUGACGAAGAGGAAGAAAAAGAAGCGGAAAAACAAACUUAAAACUCAAGAAGAAAAUGUUGAAAGUUUUAAAAACUACGUAACUAAAGAUAAAAAGAAAAGAUCGAAGAGUAAAAAAAUUAAAAUAGAACCUUUAGAUCGCCACUAUUUGGCGAGAGAAGAAGUGCUAAGCUGGAAGGAAGUGAAGAUGCUGCACUACGAACAUGGCGGAUCUAAUUUUUGGAAUGACGUCAUCGUCAUCAACAUCCGGUUAAAUAACAACAACAACAACAGCAAAUAUAAUAAUAAUAACGAUCAGAAUAAUAAUAUUACCGAUAACAAUAAGAACGAUCGAACGCCAAUGUUUGUGGAUAAUGCCAGUCAGACGAGUUAUGAUGACGACGACGACGAUGAUGAUUAUGACAGUCUGAAUGAUAACUAUGGAAACAUGUACGAUGUUGCUCGUGUGGAUGAUAUAUAUGAUAGAUAUCUCAAUAGUGAUGGUAUUUAUAAUAAUAUUAUUAUUAAUAAUAAUUAUAAUAAUAAUAUUAAUAAUAAUGAUAAUGAAGUCACAUCCCUGGAUAGCAUCUUCCCACUGACGCUGACCAUCCACAUUCGCAUCACGCCACCAUCCGCUCAUCCAAUCAUCAACAAGUUGGGUCUGGAGGGUAAAUUACUUCUUCCUCGUUGGUCCAAAUGCCUUAUGACGUCACAGACUCUGCAGGCCAGCUCCAGCCAAUCAAAUCAUUUGCAGUGGCACGUGGUACAUGCUGAGCAAAUUAGUGAUUUGAUAGUGGAAGGAAAUAGGCGUGAAGUUGAAGAGAACCAAUCAAAUUUCGGCUAUUUUGAAGUGACGGACAGAUAUUUGAGGACCGCAAGACGAACGGAUGUGUUCAGUCAGGAUGAUGUUAACGAGGGGAGAGUUAGUUACAUUCACGCGGGGACAGCCAAUCAAAUCGUUGGAUUCACGGUAACUGACCAAUCAGGAACGAGUCCCAUGCAGUUUCUGCAAAUUCAUACCAUUCCCAUUAAACUGCAGCCAAUCAGCGUGAAGGGCAUCAUUGUUGAAGGUCGUCGAAAAGUCAUAAGGUCAAAUAAUUUGGCCUUCAAAAUGGCGCCAGAUAUUAAACUGGAUAACUACUGUGGCAACAGUGAUAUUGAUGAGGUUGAUGAGGAAAGUGACGAUGAUGAUGAUGAAAGUAAUAAUAGUGGUGAAAAUGAUGAUGAUGAUGGCAUCCUGUAUGAUGUCAUUAAACGCCCCAAAAAUGGCGUCCUGCAAAGAUUUGAAAAAUUAUCUUUGAAAACUUUACGUCGUAAAAUUUUUCAUGAAACCGGAGACGAUGAUGACGAUGGUCACAAUGGGUACCGUGGCCUAUAUGAUAAGAACGACGACUACGAUGGCGAAGACGACGACGACGACGAUGACGAUCUUUGGAAAGCUGUUGACUCCUUCAGUCAGAGAGAUAUCAACGAGAUGAGAGUACGUUACGUCAUCAGUGACGUCACUGCCCUACAAAGUUCUAGCCAAUCAACGAGAGAGGAUUCAUUUGUCUUUAGAGUUAAAAAUUUCAGACAACGCUCACAUCAAGAGCCAAACAACAACCACAACAACAACCACAACAACAACAACAACAAAACUUACACGUUCAACAUCACAAUUUUACAUCAAAACUCAACUCUAACAAUUGUCAGUAACCAACCUCUCAUCAUCCACCUAACUAUAAAUAACAUUCGUGACGUCACACAAUCGAAUGACGUCAUUGCAAACCACGUGACUGGUAAAAACUUACUUUUGAAAUCUACAGUAAGUAGGAGCGUGAGGUACGAACUCAUGAAGUUGCCAGAGUUUGCUGGGCUGACGUUAAGCCACCAAGAACUGGCACUUAGCAGCUUUCUUGGUCAAAACAACAACAACAACAACAACAUCAACAACAACAACUGCAAGACCAAUUUUUUACCGCUAAAACUUUAUUCAACAUUGACACAACAACACGUUAACAAGCGCUUAUUAACCUAUUGUUUAAAUGUCACCAAGAUAAAAAUUUAUCUGGCGACCAACUACAAUUACAACAGCGACAACAACAACAUCAACAACAACAUCAACAACAUAGAUCAAAGGCACAGAAGCAUUUUAAAGAAGCAGCAAGACACUUCAAAUUGGAAUGCUAAACACGUACCAGUAGAUAGAAGGAGAACGAAAAUAAUGGAAAUAAAAGUUGAAGACGGAUUUAAACUGCGGGGAUGGGAUAAGCUCUGGAAUUUGGACGCAACUGUAGACGUCAUUGUUAAUGUAACUUGGAAUGAAAAUGAUGAUGAAGAUUUUGGUGAAGAUGUUGGUGAUGAUGAACCACGCAUUUACCUAACGAUAUACGAUUUGUUGGCCGAUGAGUUGAGUUCGACCAUCAUGGAUGAAAAAACAAUAGUCGUGAAGUUCAGACGAGAUGAUGAAGAUGCUGGUGCUAGCAGGGAACGAAAUAAAAACAUCAAUCUGUUGUCAUUCUCUUUCAAAUUGUCCUUAUUUAACCUUUCUUCCUCCUCUUUCUUCCCGCCUUCUCCAUCACCGUCCUUUGAUCACGAUAUAGAGAAUGAUUUGUUGUUUGAAGUUGUUAAGAAGCCAGCGUACGGGCGACUGUUGAAGAGGGUUGAAAAAGAUGGCGGCGAUGAAAGUGCCAGUGGUAUGAAUCGCCACCACCACCACCACUACUACCACCAGCAGCAGCAGCAGCUUCUUAACAACAAUAGUAAACAUUUGCACCGUCAUCAUCAUCCUCUUCAUCACCAUCAGCAGCUUCAAAUGGUGGCUAAUGACGACGACGACGACGAUUUAUGGAAUGACGAUAGUUUGAUGUUUACAAUGAGAGAUUUGAAGUCGAAGAAGGUUUUCUACAAGCACACAACAGGAGGUUCGAACAGAGAUGAGAUGAAACUGAAGAUGAAAUACAUGAAUGAGGAUGUUGGGACUGUCCAAGUGAGCGUUGAAAUCAUCCAGAACGUCGUUCCACUGCAAGUGCAGCCAGUUAAGAUAGACGAAGGUAGCAGUGUAGUUUUGUCUGAAGAUGUGAUCUCAGUUGGAAGAUACCACUUGUCAGUUGGAGGGGUGCUCAUCGUGGUUCUUAAGCCUCCUUCGCAUGGAGUGUUGUUUAAAGUUAAUCAGUUGAUGACGAACCACCGAUAUUGCUUGGCACAAGUUCACUACGACUGCAUGUUUGGCCCGCUUGCUCUUAAACAAUUCGCUCUAGAUUAUCCGACUCCUCUUGACAAAGAAGUCCUCGAAAUUCGUGACCUAGACACCGAACCGGGCGACCUAGUUUUUGAAAUUUUAUCUCAUCAACCACUCAAACUCGGAGAUUUCAAAAGUAGGCGUGGCCAAUUGCUGGAGAAGUUCUCAAUGAGAGACGUGUACGAAGGCGUUGUUAGUUAUGUACCGAGAGGAAACCUCCUGAGGGACCUCCCAAUGGACUCGAAGAAAGGCUACGUGGAUGUCAAAGUGCGUGAUUUGGGCAAUCACUCUCUCUACCUCACCAUCUCCAUCAUUUUUCCGUCUCCUCGAUUUUUAUUGGACGACAUCAGAGUCUACCCCGGAGCUCUUCAGCCAAUCAGCAACGAGUCAUUAAAACUAAUGAUGUACGAUGACUCGAAUUAUACCGGUAUCUAUAAACAUCUUUCGCCUCGGUCGGUUAAAUAUCACAUCGUCACAUCACCGAAAUACGGUCGCGUAAUGACAGUGAACUCGAUGAACGCCUACAACCUGACCUCAUUCACUCAACUCGACCUAGAUAGAUCCGUUAUUUAUUACAAGCACAUCCAUACCGAGUCGGAUAGCGAUAAUUUCAUGUUGAAAGUAAUGGUACCGGGGAUGGAGAGCAUUUAUAGCGAUGUGCGGGUCUGCGUGUCGGUGCACAACUUGAAUCGAGCCAAUUAUCGGUACGUGCUGACCAUGAGGAAGGUCAAUGUGAGAACGAACGGUAGCAUUACGAUUAAAAGUUACUAUCUGAACGUGAACCGACCGUCGCAUCCUAACAAAUUCCUCAACAACAUUAUCAACAACAACAACAUCAACAACAACAACAUCAACAACAACAACAUCAACAACAACAACAUCAACAACAACAACAAUAAUAAUAAUAAGAAUGGCUACAAGGAAGCCAGCAGGUAUGAUGGAUUGAUGUUGAUGGUUCGCAAACUGCCCCGACACGGACGCAUUAGCUUCAAAGGAAGAAUGUUGACAAUGAAUAAUAAUAAUAAUAAUAAUAAUGAUAAUGGCUAUAAUUUGAAAUAUUUUGACGACGGCGCUGAUAGCAGUCUGAUUGAUUAUCGCAAGGUUUUAAUCACUCAAUCUGAUAUAAACGAAGGCAUGCUUAAAUAUCACCACACGCCAUCAUCAUCAUCAUUAUCAUCAUCAUCAUUUUCAUCAUCAUCUUCAUCAUCGUCAUCAUCAUCAUCUACUAUUGAUCAUAUUGAGUUCUAUGUUGUUUUGUGGAAGCCAGAACUUCCUAGCAAUGCAUUUUGGAACAAAUGCUUCCGAAGUGAUGGUGGUGUUGGUGGUGGUGGUGGUGGUGGUGGUGGUGGCGGACAUAAAGGUGGUGGUGAUGAUGAUAAUGAAGACAUUGAUGAUGAAGAUGAUGACGAUGGUGAUGGCGAGGCAUUUGAUUUAGAUUUUAAUAACUCAACAGCCUCGAAAAAUGGUAGAAUAGAGUUAUUACCACAUUUUCCGAUUUCAUCAUCAUCCCCAUCAUCUUCUUCAUCAUCUUCUUCAUCAUCAUCGUCAUCAUUUUCUUCAUCAUCAUCGUCAUCAUCAUCAUCAUCGUCAUCAUCAGCAUCAUCACAAUCAGCGUUGCUUCCAGUACAUAAGCUAUCCAGUUUGCGCAUGACUAUUAAAAUAUGGCCCGGCAAUGAUGAUAACGAUAGUGACGAUGACGAUGGUGGUGGCGAUUAUGAUAAUGAUGAUGGUGACGAUGAUGACGACGACGACGAUGAUGAUGAUAAUGGUCUGGAAGAUUGCAAAUGGUCCUCAUUGCGUUUCCAGAAUUGGAAAUCCGUAUGGGAGAUUGUUGACGGUGGCUGGAUGGUUCUGCAAGAAUCCAUCAUGAAAGUUCUCUGGUCCGGACGGGCAAUGAAAAAUUAUGAUAGAAAUAAUAAUAAUAAUAUUAUAAUUAAUGACGAUGACGACGACGAUGCUUGCGAUGGUGACGAUGAUGGUGGUUAUAACGACGGUGAUGCUGAGGGUCGGAAUGAGGAUGUGGUUUUCAAAUUGACCGAACAUCCCAGCGUGGGAAGGUUUGUUAGGUUGCCUGCUUCUCUUCAAAACUCAUCAUCAUCGUCUUCAUCAUCGUCGUCAUCAUCGUCGUCGUCGUCCUCUCUACUACUUACAAGAGAUUUGCUUGAGUCGCAGCCACCAAUCACAUCCUUCACGCAAAGUGACGUCACAAAUCACGUGAUCAUUUUUCUAUUAAACAACAACGCUCACAACAACAACAACGACACUGUUGAUAAUAGAAGAAGCAAAAACGUAGAUAAUAACAACAACAACAAUGACAAUAAAAAUAUUGAAAGAUACAGCGAUCUUUACGCUUAUAAUGAGAAACAUCAACAACAACAACAUCAACAACAACAUCAGCAACAACAUCAGCAACAACAUCAACAACAACAACAUCAACAACAACAACAUCAACAACAACAAACGAACGCGGCAAAUACCGACAUAAUAUAUUUGUCUGUCUAUCGAACAUCAAAGAGAAGAGAUACCAUAAAUGAUAACAACUAUAAUAAUGAUAAUAAUAAUAAUAAUGACGAUGACUACGGUGACGUCACAUACAGACGUGUUGGGACUUCAAGUAGUAGCAGCAACACGCACACAACAGCAACAACAACAACAGCAACAGCAGCAACAACAACAACAACAUGGAAAGACAACAACAACCACCAUCUCAACAUUCGUUCUUUCCACAAAGUCAUUCACGUCAAAAUCAUUCCACUGGAACUAAAAGUGGAUUCCAUAAAAAAUAUUACAAUCACUCAAGCUUCUUUCUACGCCACAUUUCGUCACAGCCAUUUUCGUUUUCAAACGAAUGCGCCCUACAUUCUACCGGAAGUGACGGUCCAUUUGCAGAUGAGUUUCCGGCAGGGAUUGCUUGUCUGCGGAUCCCGUGUCUGCUCCAGUUUCAAAAUGCGUGACUUGAUGUUGGGUAGAGUUGUGUACGUGCAGAAGAACAGAAGCGCAAACUUCGACAGCGUCCUUCUGACGAUCAGCUGUUUCGAGGUUUUGCUGCUCGAUGAACCCUUGAACGUUCUCGUCAGACCUCUCCUCAGUUCCAAACCUCUGGUUGUCUACAGGCCUCUCCAGAUCAAUAAUGAGUGGAUCGACCUCAACUUGACCCAUUUAAAUGCUACUUCAUUGGCUCACGUGACUAAUGAUGACCCAAUUUUUUACAUAAUUAGACCGCCUUUGUAUGGAUGGUUGAGAGUCAGGCUGAAGAAGUUUGUUAGGUCGAGACGACAUGCCGAUGAUGAUGAUGAUGAUGCAAGUGACAACAGUAACUACACGAGCGACGACGACGACGACGAUGAUGAUGAUGAUGAUCAAAUGACCAAGGUAGACAAUCUGUAUGCGUAUUGCUGCAGAGAAGUGCAGGCAGACCCAACGACCAACAACAACCUCACUGACGUACAUUUCUUUCACUUCAGACAUUCGGACCUCCUUUUAAACCACGUCCAAUACAAACCUGAUCCAAAUAAAUAUCUGGGUCAGUGGAGUGAUGAACUGACCUACAUUGUGACGUCAUGGAACGUGCAACCGGCUGAGGGCAGGCUCAAGAUAAAACUGAAGAGAAGGAAUGAUGAUGCUGAUGAUGACGACGACGAUGAUUAUUAUUAUUUCGGAUAUGAUGAUGAUGAUGAUGAGGACAGUGCAAAUGCUGUUCACAAUGCCAAUGCCAGUCAGCGCCUUGAAACGAAUGACAAGAAAUAUACAAGUUCCUAUCCUAAACAAAGAAACAACAUCAACAAUAAAUUCUACAACAACACCAACGACAUGAAAGAUGACGACGACGAUGAUGUCUCACCUCUCGAUUUAAACAUGAGGCGCUUCAUAAUGAUCGGGAUGCUGGCGCUCCUCUUCCUCCUCCUCGUUGUCGUCAUCCUCAUCAUCGUCAAGUGUAUGUGUGGUUGCGGUGGCAAGAAGAAACGCGCCGCGACAACUGCAACCGCUGCUGCAACCGCUGCUGCAACUGCUGGUGCUUCGAACAGGAUAAGCGCAUCCUAUAAAGCGGAAGACCGCAUUGAUGACGAGAUGACACAUCUGAGUUGCCAUAGAAACGAUGACGUAACAAAUAUGAAUAAUAAUAAUAAUAACAUGGAGAUGAUGGAAUGCGAUGUCAAUAGUAGAAAAAUCAUGGGUGCCAUGAAGAAGAUGAAGAGUGAUGGCGGUAGCUGUAGUGACGCUCGGUGCGAUCCGAUGUUUUCAUCAACGUCUGUCGGCUACUUGGUGCCAGUUCGUUCUUCGAAUGAUGAUGACAUCAACAUCAAUAAUCUCCAUCAUGACAGUUUUCAUCCAGACACUUCCAAAUACAUCAGCCCCAGCAACAUAAGUGACAGCAACAGGAGUUACUCAUCGGAGCACAUUUACGACGAGCCACCAGAGCAUCCUUGUCGUCGCCACAACCACCUCGCCACAUCAACGCCGACAACAUUAACGGAAUGUUACUCACAACAGCCACAAAAUGAACGUCGUCAAUCGCAAUAUGUUGAACAACAUCAACAACCACAAACACAUCAACCACAAAUGAAUGAGCAGUUACAUCAACUUCCUCCGUCUUUACCUCCACAUCAGCGCCAACUACAUCAACAACUUCAACAACAACAACUUCAACAACAACAUCAGCAACAACAACACAACGAACAAUUGCCGUCUUACGUAACUUUUGUUGAUCAUGAUUUCAACAAUGAGGUUUUGAGUGAUUUUUACAACAACAACGACAACAAUGAUGGUGAUGACGAGAUUUCUUGCGCAGGCGAUAAUAUGACCAAUGAGGAAAAGGAUGAUGUCAUCAACAACAACAACAGCAGCAACAACAACAACAAUAGUAGUAGUAGUAAUAAUGAUCAGCCAGCAGAACAUCAAGGUAUUUUCAACUGGAAAGACAUCGACCCGGAAUUAUUGGCACACUGCAGACUAACAAAUCCGCUACUUUACGAUCAACAAUAUUGGGUUUGACUGAUUUGUGUAGUUGGUUGGUUGGUUGGCAGAUUGGCUGGUUGAUUGGCAGGAUAGUUGGCUGAUUGGUUGAUUGAGUUACCGACUUUUAACUAAAUGAUAUUUUUUGAAUUUUUAUUUACGAAAAUAUGCUUUCAUUAUUUUCAACUUCUGUUUGUCAAACGUUUUUUUACGGCCAGUCAUGUACAACAGGGUUUAGUUUAUAAUUUAUUUGCCAAACACACAUACACUCACAAACACACAUACACUCACAAACAAACACACACAAUCAAUGAUAUUUUGUUUUCUGAAUUAUUUUAGAAGCGUCAGUAGCAAAAGAAACAAUACCAUAAGUGCUUUUUAAAGGCAACGCGUUAAUUAGUUACCAGCCAAUCUUUUCACUCAGUCCUACCCUCCCUAUGCUUUGUUGCUCUGUUGUUUCUUGUCACGUUACGUUGUGGGACCCAACAUCAUCAUCGUCGUCGUCAUCAUUGUUCGUAAUGUAAUGUUCGCUUCCUACGAUGCAAACAUGAACAACGUGAAC